CGCCAUGUGGAGAAAAUAACCAAACACAGGAAGGGACACGGUGAAGAAACGUGUGAGAGGAGAAUGAGUCUUUUACCUCGCACCGCUGAGGAGUUCAGCUCUGCUGAGUACUGGGAGAGAUUCUUCAAGAAGAGAGGAGACAAGGCGUUCGAGUGGUAUGGAGACUACAACACACUGUGUGGAGUCCUGCACAAAUACAUCAAAGUACAAGAUCAGGUGUUGGUGGUCGGUUGUGGUAACUCUGAGCUGAGUGAACAGCUUUAUGAUGUCGGCUACAAACAUCUGACUAAUAUUGACAUCAGCGAGACAGUAGUGACUCAUAUGAACCAGAGAAAUGCUGAGCGCCGGCCAGGACUGACCUUCCAGCAGGUGGAUGCUACACAAACCCCAUAUGAGGACGCCUGCUACCAAGCUGCUCUGGACAAAGGGACGCUGGAUGCAAUGGCCUCCGAGGAGGAAGGAGCUCUGGCCAGAAACAUGCUCACAGAGGUGGGCCGUGUGCUAAGAGUCGGAGGCCGGUAUGUCUGUGUGACAUUAGCUCAGGAGAGUGUGAUCAAGUUGGCCGUGGAGCACUUUGUACAGCUGGGGUGGGCUGUGAGGCUCCACUGCCUGCAGGGGGAAAGUGGAAAAGAAGAGGACUCGUUUUCUCUGCCCGUCUUUGUUCUGGUCUGCACCAAGUUUCGUCAGCCAAUGCCGACGCCUAUUCUCGAAAUGUGUCUCGGGGAAGAUGGAGCCCCAACACGUCUCACGCAGGUUUCAGAGUUGUUGUCAGCAGUGAGGGAGCAUCAGGCUUACUCUGUGUUAAGAAAAAAGCUCCGCACAGGCACAGACGCCAGCUCCAACCUGUCACUCACUCUCUGCCACACCAAAACUGGUCAUCCCAGAUACACGCUCACAGUGCAAGAUUGUUCCCCAGGAGCCAAGCUGCAUAGAUCAAACCACUUUGCUAUAUUUAUUGUGCCUCAAGGCAGCGAGACAGCUUGGCUCUACAGCUCAAGCGAGGGGCAAAAGCAGCUGGCAGCCAGUGCUAACUUUCGACGCCUAGUUAUCGUGGCAAUGCACAGGAAUCAGGAAUAUACAGACAUGCAAGCUGUCCAAUCAGAACUCUCACCAAUGGUGAUGGACCUGGCUCCUCCGGGUAUGCCAGCCAACCAGCAGGUGCCAUUUCUGUCAGUGGGAGGAGAUCUGGGCUGGCGAGAGGAGGUCAGCAGGGGAGUGAGCGAGCUGAGUGGAGAGUAUUGUGUGGAGAACGUCAAAGGAGAAGACGGAGAACUGUAUCGCAGACUUGUCUUUCUGUCUAAUGCCGCCCUCGUCCAAUCAGAAAGCCGACUUGUUUCCUCAAAGACCACCUCAAGUCACAAGAAGAGGAACAAAAAGAAAACUAAGCCAGCAGUUCCUCCAACAGCGUCUUCAUCCUCACUGUCAGUGGACAGUGGCUUCCUCUGCUGCGCUCACCAUGAGGUCAUGGUGGCCGGCCUCACCGUGCUCGGGGUGGGCGAGCCAGAGAGCAAAGACAUCCCAGUGUCGGUGCUCCUGGUGGGUCUCGGGGGAGGAGGUCUGCCUCAGUUUCUGCGGGACUUUGUGCCCAAUGUCACUGUUGAGGUUGUGGAAUUAGAUGCAGUUGUGCUGGACGUGGCGAAGGAAUGGUUCGGAUUCAGACCUGAUGAUCGUUUGACAGUCACACUCGGGGACGGCCUUGAACGCAUCUGUGCCCUUGAGAAGGAAGGUGGAUGUUUGUUUGAUGUCAUCAUGUUUGACGUAGACAAUAAAGAUAGCACUGUGGGUAUGAGCUGUCCUCCUGCUGCCUUUGUGGAAACCUCGAUUCUGCAGAAAGUCAGCAGCCUGCUAACGCCCAGAGGCAUAUUCAUGUUGAAUCUUGUGUGUCGUGACUCGGCCUUGAGGAAAAGUGUGCUGCAGCGUAUCAGCACCGUGUUCCCCAGCAUUCUCUCUCGAAAGAUUGAAGGCGAGGUCAACGAAGUCCUUCUGUGCUCUCGUGGAGGAAACAAGACAUCAGACAGUGCCCACAUCCCUCAGUCCCUGAACCAAGCAGCCAAGAAUUUGCAGAGCGCCCUGAGCUCGAACAGGAGCGACCACAGGCCACAUAUAGACAUUUUAGAGCUUUUAAAAGACCUUAAAGUAGAGUAAAGUUUGUAUGUGUUAAUAUGGUGAAGGUGAUGAAAUAUUGGAAUAAGUACUUUGACCUUGCCCACUGUAAAGUAAUAUGAUGUAUAACAUCAACAUGCAAUUACAAGUAAAGAAUGUUUUAUCUUGA